CGUCGCUUCCGCCACCGUGUCCUUACGUGCUCUCUGUCCUUUGCAGCGUUGUCUUCCCUCACAGUGAAAGAGUCGGAAAACCAAGAAAACCCCAAACUAAGAUGUUGUGUAUGUCCACCUAAACCAUUUCAUCCUGACUUCAGCCAAGACCUGAGACUGUCUCUCUGCUCCUGCAGCCUUGCAGAAAAGAGCAGCUUCAGGUGAGACAUGCUCUCUGCGGUAAGAGCCGCCAGGCGUUCCUUCAGAUCCUUCAGGACCUUUUCUAGCGCCGCCAUGCACAAAGGAUACCAGCAGGCCAACGUGGUCGUCCUGCCUCACCACCUGGCCGACGACUUUGAAGCUUUCUGUCGCAGUAACCCUGCUCCCCUCCCGCUCCUUUAUCGCAGUAAAUUAGGAGAGACCGGCUGUCCGCCCCUGGCUCAACAUGCUGACAUAAGGACUGAUAUCUCGCAGUACUGUGUGUACCAGGAGGGCCGCCUGGUCCAGUCAGUGUCCAGCCUGCAGAGUUACAGCGGUGAGCCGGGGACUGUGUCAAAGCAGCAGGAUGGGCGACCCGGUCCUCUGUCGGACAUGGUGUCUUUCUAUCUGGGCUGCAGCUUCGGCUUCGAAGGCAAACUGAAGGACGCCGGAGUGCCGGUCAGAAACGUGGAGCAAGGCAGUAAUGUCAGCAUGUACAGGACUGCGGUCGGCUGUGUUCCUGCCGGGCCGUUCCGCUGCCCUCUAGUGGUCACCAUGCGGCCGAUCCCAGCCGCCAUGCUGGACCAAGCGGUGCAGGCGACACACCUUAACCCCGUGGCUCACGGAGCUCCUGUACAUAUAGGAGACCCAGCCUUGUUGGGCAUCAAGGACCUGUCCAAACCGGAGUACGGGGACGCAGUGGAGCUGCAGCCCGGUGACGUGCCGGCCUUCUGGGCAUGUGGGGUGACCGCUAUCGAGGCGAUCCUCAGCAGCAAGCCUUCCUUGGCGUUCAGCCAUUCCCCGGGUUGUAUGUUCGUGACCGACAUCCCAGACUCUCCUCCGUCCAGGGCAACUGAUGGCAAGCUCACGCCUCUCUGCUUCGAGGUGUCCCAGAGUCCUUUGCUGUACAGCCUGGCUUCUCAGCACGUCGUGGAGAAGAUCAGAGAGCUGGAGAAUGUGAUCGGAGAAGACCCAGGUGACCGAGGAAUCAGAGCUUUGUUUGUUCAGGAUGAACUCCUGCGCUCCUGUCUGGCCCUCUCUCACUCCUCCUCUGUUGCCAUAACAACGGGCUUUCCUACACACUACAUGCACAACCCUCCUGAUGAGACCGACGGGCCCCCCGGAGCCAUCGCUAUCGCCACCAUGCUGCUGUCUCUGGGGAAACGGGUGACGAUGGUGACAGACAAGAGAGCCGUGGAGAUGAACAAGGCCCUCAUCGAUCAGGCUGUGAAGAACGGAGUGCUGAAGUCUCACAUUCCUUUGGUCACUUUUGAUGGCAGUGGUCCAGAAUCUGCGCAGCGCUUCCUGUGUGUCGACGGAGACCCGAGCAAACCCAGGUUCGACCACCUUCUGGCGAUCGAGCGAACCGGACGCGCCAGCGAUGGAAAUUACUACAACAUGAGGGCGAUAAACAUCAAACAUCUGGUGGAUCCCAUAGAUGAUCUGUUUAUUGCUGCCAAGAACAUCCCAGGAAUCAGUACUACAGGAAUCGGAGAUGGUGGUAACGAGUUGGGGAUGGGCAAGGUGAAGGACAGAGUGAUCAGCCUGAUGCCCAAAGGGGACCUCAUAGCCUGCGAUGUUCCUGCCGAUUAUGCCAUUACUGCUGGUGUGUCUAACUGGGGAGGAUACGCUGUGGCCUGUGGGCUUUACCUGCUCCAGGCGUGUCCCUCACACCGGCGCUAUCUGAAGAGAGGCCUGGGACCGGAGCGGGAGCCCCCCCAAGAACACCUGCAGGACUGGAUCGCCAACCUGCCGUCCGUGGAAAAGGAGGAGUCUUUCCUCGCCACUCUGGUGGAUUUCGGGAUCCGAAGUGGGAAAACGGCUCACCUGGCCAUGGAGGUGGACGGCCUGACCUUUCACCCCACUCACUCCGACAUCAUCACCAGACUGCUGGAAGUGACGAACAGGAAAAGCCCUUAACCAGUCCCAUCUGUCUGCAAGCGUCUUCAUGAAGUAACUGAUUCAUCUGGUUAUCCUGGGAACUGGUCGGCCUCUCGGUUUAGACGAGUGAAACACGUUUAACGUGACGCUGCGUGUCGCCGUGUGACGGAGUGUGAGGGGCACUUUCACUUCUGCCUUGAUUCGACCGGAGGAAUCAUGAUUCGGUUUUUGUGAUUGUAUUAUUGUAUCAUCAAGAUAAAUGUACUGAAGUCAUGUGCCUGAGGUCCGUUUUCUACUGUAAUCCUCAUUUUCCUUUGAGAAAAUCCAGAAAUAUAUUUUUGGAGAAAAUUAUGCCUGUUUUUAAGUAAGACUGAAACCUCGUUAUGAAGCGAUCCUGCUUUGAUUGUCAGACCUUCAUAGCUCCCCGCUUUGUCCAUUCACAACACUCCAUUCACUCCCUUCUGUUUAUGAAUCUUUACUUUUUAUAGAAAAUAAUGCAGACUGUGACUUGAAUAAAACUACCAAUGAACUA